CAAUGGAAAAAUAAGGUGCCUUCCAUCCGGUUUUCGAUGAAUACCGUCAUAAGCCAAGCAACCGGUUAUAUCCCAGCCUUGUUGACGUUUGCACGGGAAAUGAGGUCCCCUGAUGACGUCAGACGAGACAUGCGAGCCAAAGUAGAGGCUGACAAUUUUAUAUGUCAACUGACCCCAUAUUUAAAGAACAUCAGCUCUACACUGCGGAUUGCCCGUGACACCUCCGAAUACCAACAAGAUCGUUCCAAAAAGUAUUUCGACCAAAAACACAGAGAAGCUCCUAAAUACCAACUUGGCGACCAUGUGUUAGUGGAGACACAUGCCCUCAGCAAAGCCAGAAUUCAUAUACCUCCAAGUUCGCCCCUAAGCGCGACGGACCCUACGUUCUGACUAACGUAGUCACGCCCACUACCUUCGAGAUUGCUGCGCCCACCAAUCCAGAAGCCACUCUUGGUAGGUACCGUGCCUCAGCUUUGACCCUUUUUCGCAGUGACCAGCCUAGCACCACGACUCCAGUCCGAGCGCUCAGGAAACGAGGACGGCCUCCUAAACAGUCUAGCGGAGUUACGCAACCCGACAGCCCUGCGUCACCAGUAAGUUUUCCUCCGACUAAGGAUCACGACGAGAGUGUCUGUGAUCCCGAGACCACUGAUGAUGCAACGGUGUCCGCGACUACACG